GCCCAGUAAGAGAGGUUCUUGCUAGGUUUUGCCCAGCUGCGCAACUGCGUGCUCCUGUCUCCCCUCCCGGCGGCUGCCGUUUCCGUUUGCCUCGCCGGAGCUGACCACCAACGAGCCGAUGGCGAAGGGCGACGACGCGUUGGCGCGGAAGCGCAACAAGGUGCGCCGGAAGCGCCUGCGCAGCAGCGAGAACGCCGUCUCGGAGCGGGUCGCGGCAAUCAUCGCAUCCAAGCGCCGCCGCAAGUCGGGAAAGCGCCGCUCCUGCGAGGGCAUGUGCUUCUCCCUCCCCACCCCCGAAGACCCCUUCAACGACUGCCACGGGAAGAAGCGCAAGAUCGAUGAGCCGGUCGAGGAAACCGCCAACGCCGCCGCCAAGGACGACGACCCUGAGAAGAAGGACACGAACACAAAGAAGCAGCCGCCGGCAAAGGUCAAGUCCAAGGCCGUACCCAUGGCCAAGUCCAAGGCCAUACGGGAGGUGGAGAUGGGGAGGGAAGACGGCCGCGUGGAGUACGACCGGCCGUCCAAGUUCUUGGUGGUCUGCCUCAACGCCAUCCGCGACGCUGUGGCGCCCGAGGACGGCGCCAGCAGAAUCCACGGCGCCGGCGACUGGGGCGUUGAGCUCUGGAGGUGCUGUUCCGCCGCGGCGCCGUGCGACGUGCUCGACACCAGCGGCGCGUGCGCCACGCUGGAGCAGACGGCGUGGCUCGUCUCCACGGCCUGCGACAUCGUCGCUAGGAAGGAGAGGCUUGGGAUGUUCGUCUCUUGCCCCUUCCUGUUGUAUCUCGUCCCGUCCCAGGAAAAGGCCGUGCAAGUGCGUUCGAUAUUCAAACCCCUGAAGUCUCUUGGAAUUCAUUCGGUGAGCUUGCAUCCUGGCACUUCUAUUGAACACCAGAUGUUAGGACUAAAAAGUUGUGAGCCAGAGUUCCUUAUAUCUACCCCUGAGAGGCUUCUUGAACUUAUUUCGCUAAAGGCGGUUGACAUAUCAAAUGUAUCAAUGCUGGUUGUUGAUGGACUGAAAUCUUUCAUGGACCUUAAUGUCAGUGACAAACUUUAUUCUAUUAGAGAUGCCAUAUCAAGCAAUCCUCAGGUAACUAUCUUCAGCGAUCCAUAUGACAAAGAUGUUGCUACAAUAGCGAGGAAUCUAGUCCAUGGAAGAAUUACAAGGCUCUGUAUCGGUGAUUCUGUUACGUCCCAAAGUGCAUUCAUAGCCCAGUAUGUACAUUUCUGUCCAUCAGAGGAGCAGAAAACAUCAAAGGUCAAGGAAAUUCUUGAGCAGAUUUUAAAAAGUCACGCUAAAAAGAUAUCAAGGGUUCUGCUAGUAACCGCAAGCAAUCACAAAGCGCAGCACCUAUCGUCAUCACUUAAACUGGAAAAUUGCACGGUGACUGAUGACUCACACGGCAACUCUUUUACAAUAUGCAGCAGUGUGGGGCUGAUGAAUGUCCUUGUGAAAGACGGGGAGAACAUGGCGAUGACAGAUGUCGAAGAGUUUGAGACUGUGUUGGUUGUGGAUUUCCCUCCUUCAGUUGAUGAAUAUGUUGAGAUCCUUACUGGGGCAGCACGUCAUGCGGUUGCAGGGGAGGUGCAUAGUAUCUUUUCUAAUGCUGAUGCCCCCAUUGCAAAAUCUUUGGGUGAGAUUCUUGCAAACUGCGGCCAGGUGGUGCCUGAGUUUCUCAAAAAAUUGGAGUCGUCGUAGCAGGAUUGGUUACCCAACCAGAGCAGUCUUGAGUGAGUCAUGGUGACUCGGAUUGGUCGCCGCCAUUCAUCAUCCACUUCUUGUCACCAAGCAGUUUUGAUAUUUUUGGGUUCUUCUACAUGUCGUUCUCAUUCGUAAGCACAACAUUGAUAUUCGGGCCUCGGCUUUGAUGUACUACUAGCUCUUGUUGUGAAAUGUGAAUGCCCUGAAGCCCUUCUUCUGGAAGAACUGACUCAGUUGCAACAUCGUAAUUUACCGGCCUCUAUUAUUGUUAAUUUUGCCAAGGAAGUGUGUCAGUCAUCAGGGACCGCCCUUUGCCCCUUUCUUUUUUGAAAGGGAAGCUGAAAAAGGGCAUACACUGAUAGAUCUUUAGAUCUUUAAAGUGCGUCAAAAUGUCAGACAUACUAGCUUCUUUUAAUCGAGUUCCUUUUACAUGUUAACUGUAGUCA